AUGACUCGAAAUGAACACAAGCCCAAACACAGUCCCUAUCGAUACAUUAAAAAGAAUUCUCAGCUGGGCGUUGCGUUAGCUUUACCGGAUGAAAAAGACGAAACUACUAAUCGUUGGAUUUAUGAAUCCCGAAAUGAACACGCCUAUUAUUAUGAAUAUGAUGAAGAAGAUUUUCUUGUUCAUGGUUCUUCAAAAACUAUUCCAAUAGCACUCGUUUGGAAAUUACAGCAAUUGAAUGAUGAUGGUAGUGGAACAGUAUUGGAUUCGGAAAAUUUUGUAAAACCUUCUUCUCUUCCCAAUUUUAUCAUGACCAAGUUUAAUGAUCAUUAUUAUACCCGAGAGAAUGAAGAACAGACAACUCUCAACAUUGCAAAGCAUUACCGACCGUGUUAUUUAUUUGUAGCAGUGCAAAAACCCUCAAAACAUCAUUGUUAUGUGAGUCACGGUUGUUUUGGGUUCUUGAAAUUAUGUAAGAUGGGAUUUCAAGUGGAUUCAAAUCAAAGAUUACACAUCUUGGACGAAGUUUGUAUUUGUUUUCCAAUCUCAAUGUUCAUCCAUCAGUGUACUGAAAAUUAUUUCAAAUUUAUUAUAGUUGGAGAACGAAAAUACAAUGCCACAUUGGAGAUUAAUCAGGAAUGUAUAACAAAAUCUAAAUUUCAUAUUGAAUACACGAACGAUCCGGAUACAGUUGAUGUGUGUCGUGUUAGGGAACACGUUUUUUGGCCUGCGGCAUAUGGUUCAAACAAGAACACAAGUUGGAUGUUCAUGGAUUAUUCAUAUUUAAAACAAGAAUUGCAAUUUCAGAGACAGUAUUUAACAAGUUCAUGUAAAAUAGACGUAAAAGAGUCAUGGAGCGCUCCGUUACCCCUUAAGUACAGAAAGGAUCUUUGCAUGUAUAUGGAGUAUCAAAAUGAGCGUCAAUAUUCUAAUGAUAUUGACGACAAACAUGCAAUGGAACGGUAUCUCCUUGUUUAUAGAAGGCAACAAUUGAACCAACAGUGUUCAUCGAACGGGACUCAUGGUAUUACAUUGUUGCAAAUGCAACUCGGUGAAAGUCAAGUUUUUUUAAGACCUACAAAUUUUUUGAAUUUUGGCAAAUUGUUCGAUUCAAAACAUAAUAUCAAACUUCUCUCAUGUUGCAAGUUAUCCAAUUCCAAGUAUUUGAUCAUGUCCAGUCUAAAAGGGUCAGAAAAAUUUAAUUAUUCAAGAUACAAGGCAACGUCAUUUCAAGAAUUGUUCAUCCAUUCAAUUCUUUGGGUUUUGAUUGAUUUGGAGAACAAAUUGGUAAAGAGAGUGUACCCAAGAGUUUAUCAUUUAUCGAAAAGGAUGAGUGACGAUGGUUUCCAACAAGUCUCAAAAAAGAAAUACUGUGGAAAACGAUUACCUACAAUUAUGAAUGAUUUUGAAGAUGGAGAUUUAAAUGGUGGAUAUUCUGAUGUACAUUUACUCCAAUUAAUUGCAUCGAAAAACGAGGUGAACAACACCAGUGUAAACGCUUCAACUUGUCACGAACGGAAUGACAUUUCGUUGUGUGGAACCAAUAUCAAAAAAGACAUUGAAACGAUUGCUUUUCGGCCGUUUCCUUCAAAUCCUGACCUCUUCCAAGUAAUGGUCUUUUUCAAAACCAAUUUAGUGAAUGAUUGGCGACAACCUACACGAAAUGCUCCAGACUAUGGCAAGAUUUUUAGAUUCUAUUUCAAAUUAAGGGAUGAAUGCGGUACUCGCUUGAGCAUUACAUUUGAGCACUAUCGUGAUAUCACCAUUGUGACAUGUCAAUGA